AAACAAAAAACAGUUUUUACGCGAAGAGAAAAAAUCUUCAAAUACAAUUGUAACAUGAAAUGUGUACUAGCUGGAAGCAAUGUAAAAGCAUUUGGGGAAGCUAUCCAUUCUCUUUCUCGGGUCGGAGAGGAUCUAUGGCUUGACCCGUUGGAAAAAGGACUUGCGGUGAGGUCAGUGAAUUCCUCCAGGUCUGCAUAUGCCUGCUUCCUGUUCUCUCCGCUGUUCUUUCAGCACUACAGCAAGGUGACAACCCAGCAGCCCCGGGACCAGGGAGAUGUGGAGCCAGUGCUCAAGUGUAAGUUGACAAUGAAGUCAGUUCUGCCUAUCUUCAGGUGCCUGGCAACUAUUGAAAGAAACGUAGAAAGAUGCAAAAUAUGUAUUAACUUCAGGGAUAGCCAUGUGGUUUUCCAGUUCUCCUGCAGACAUGGAAUUACCAAAACUCAUAACCUGAGGUUUCAGGAAUGCGAGUCCCUUCAAGCGGUGUUUCCCAGAAACAUGUGCCCCAAUGCGCUGAAAGCACAGGCAAGACUUCUAGGGGAUGUAGUAAUGCACUUUCCAGUGUGGCAGGAGGAAAUCACCCUUGCAGUGACUCCAGUAAAAGUCAGCUUCAGGAAUUACUUUGAGGAAGAAACAGACUUAACCAAGAUGAUGCACACAGAAAUUUGUCUGAACCCAGAUGAAUUUGACUACUUCCAAGUCGGAGUGGAUUCAGAAAUAACCUUCUGCCUGAAGGAGCUGAGGGGUUUGCUGUCCUUCGCAGAGUCCACUGGCCUGGCUGUAUCCAUCCACUUUGGAACAUCAGGAAAGGAGAGGAUGAACCCCUUUGGGUGUGUGGAAAUGUGUGUGGAAAGUUACAACAGAACUGGAACAAGUGUGCGGCAAACUAUAGGUUUCAGUAUUGAUGACAUGGUUCUGGAGGCUAACUUUGUACUGGCCACGCUGAUUGAUACAGAGAGCCAAGCAGCGUCUCUGAGAAGCACGCCCACACAGAGGUCUCUCGCUGUCAUGACUCAGCCCCCUGUGCCCCUCGCUGGUGAAAUGGAGCUGGCUGAACUGGCACGCACAGGGCACGAGGGCAGCAUCCCUGAGUUGCCUCAAGCAGAGCUGGUAAUCUCAAGCCAGGGCAGUGCUAUUUUCAAUGGGAAAGCCGCAAGGGAAAACGUAAUCGCCUGUCAGUGGUCUGAGUAUGGUGUUGGAGUGCACAUGGAUCAGAUACAGGAGGAGGCUGUGGGGGUGGUACCGGCUACAAUAGGUCAUAACAAGUUCCACUCACUGCUGUUCGGCGCGGUCUCCUCCCAGCAGCGUGGAGAGAAUGCCCUGGUGGUGCCCAGCCUGGUGUGUGCCAGUGACAACGAGGAGGAGAUGGAAGAAGGAGAGAAGAUCACCGGCCAGGACUCCCUGACUUUCUAACCGUCAUUAAACCUUGCUGCAAUAA